AGUUUGUUCCUAUGUUGAACAUGCAGUCUCUAUGGAAUGAAUGAAGAUCCUAUGACAUCCACACCAAAUACAUGGAAGAUCAGCUGAUUGUGUGUUGAAAAUGCCAUUGUUAUUGUAUUCAACUUGAUAUAUUUAACAUGAACAACAUUUACCCUUAUAUAUCACGAAAUGACCAGCGCAGAUAUAAGCACUAUCAACAAAGAGAAACAGCAGCUGAGAACUUAAAAGCCAUGGAAGAUAUGACGUUUAGUUUGUCUUUACUUCAUGCUCAUUGUGAGUCAUGUGUUAACAAAAAGUGUAACAUUACACCAGAUCAACUUAGCAGCUGUGAAAUGACAGACUGUGAAAAUAUGUGUGGUCACAGAUUUCACUCGUGCAAGAAAGACGAACAUGAACUUAUUUGUUCCCAACAAAAAGUACCAUGUAUUAACCAUUCUAAUGGGUGUCCAUUGGAAAUGGCAAGGUGUAAAAGAGCCACUCAUUUGAGUGUUUGUCCAGCAAGUGUCCAAAGGUGUGUUGUUGAGUGGAAUCGGUGGCCAAUGCAUUCAAAAGAAGAAUGUUUAACAACACCAUUGCCGCUUGAUAGCCAACAUGUAAAAUGUACUCAAUUAGAUGUGGCAUUAGCACUGAGAGAUCAACGUAUGCUUGUUCAAUCAAUGAAAAUUCCAAGAAAAAUCAGAAAAAUCUUUCAAAAUUCACUUACACAAAAAUAUCCCAGUGUUCCACUAGAGCAAAACAGAAGUUCUUCCAUUGACUCGGAUAAUACUGUAGAUGAUACAUCAGGAGCUACAUCAGAUGAAGAUACACCAUGGGGAAGUCAGAAGUGUCCCCCAGGACUACAAAAAACAGUCGUUAAUCAAUUACACAAAGCUUCAAAACAAACUGCUGAUAGUGUUUCUGCGACAUUAGACUUAUUUUCCCAUCAUUUUGGUAAAGCAGGUCUAAAACAUCUGACACAAAAGUUACAAGGAAUCACUGAAACUGAAGAAGCAAAAACAUGUGGACAACAAACAGAUGAAACUGAAAAUGAUAAAAUUAAAAACUCAUUAGAUGAUAUUUCUAGUGAGAAUAUAUCAGAACCAAAGUCAUGUGAUCUAUCAGAGUCAGCUGAUGACUGCAUGGUAAUAUCAGUAGAAGAUGUUUAUACAAAAGAUAUCAAAUUGCAUAAUUUGUUAGGAGUAAGUCUAGAUAUAGAAUGCAUAUCAAAAUAUAUACCAAAGCCUAAGAAAAUGUAUACUUUUCUCUGUGCUCAAGAUUUUAGAAGAGAUGAGUAUCCUUGGCAUUUCAAAAAUGUUCAUAAUGAUAUCCACUGUGGUUUAAAUGGGAUGAUGGAGUUCAGAUGUCCCCUUGCCUACAUGGGAUGUGAUUAUUCUUGUCAAAAGUUGUCUCCCUUAGAACCUAAAGGGAAAAUAGUACAUAGCGCAUUACAAGAAAGCUUUGGGCUAGCUAUUACAAAUGCAGAGGAUCAAAUAAAAGAAGAACAAAUGGAGGAAGUGCAAUGCAAAAACUGCUCUGUUAUAGAGUCAGAUAAACGAAAACUAAGGGAAGCAACUCCAGAGAUAACCACAUCACAAAAAUAUGACUCAAACAUAAAAAUCCUUCCAAAAUAUCAGUGCAAUAGAUUAUGUGAUAGUGCAAGUAGUUUCCCAUCUACUGAUGGACAAAUAUACCUUGACUGUCUUCCAUUUGAGGUGCUACAACACAUUGUUGUGUUUUUAGACAGUUUUAGUCUAUGCAAUCUCUCGUUAACUUCAAAACUAUUGAGAGAUGUUUGUGCUUCGCGCCUUGACCAGAAGGGCAUGGUUAUACCAGUCUGGCAGGCAAGAGGGGAGGGUGUGAAACCUUCAUGGACCAUUGCUUACUGGAAAUGGUGUUUUAGUACAAGCUUUACUCCAGUGAGGAAAUGGCAAUACCAUACAGGGAAUGAUCUGUUUGAGCAUUUGAAAAUCUGUCCAUACAAUCAGGAAAAUAGCAAGAAUAUCAAAACUGAACCAUUUUGUCCUGCAUCAGAACUUUUGUCCAUAAAAACUGCACCAGAAGAAAAAAAUACAACCAAGUCUUUACUUAGACUGAUAUCUGCUUGAAAGAAACAGGAAAUUUACAUAUCAAAAGUCUUUAGUAAAUGUGUCAUCCAUUUCACCAAAAAAUAAAUAAAGGAGUAGGGGCAAUAAGGCCCUUAUUUGGCCCAAAAAUUACUGCAAAUUUUAAAGUUAUCAUACAUUUUCUUAAAUAACUGAAAACUUGUCUAAGGUAUAAGGUACUUAGAAAAACAAACCAAAUUUGACAUCCAACAAGUUACCAUGGCAACAAAUCAUAACCUAAUUUGCAUAUUUUGUUAAAUUUCGUGAUUUUCCUUGUUUUUUCAUCAAAUUUUAAGUAUAUUUAAGACUGAAAAAACAUGUGCGCACCCAAGAAACAACUUUAUAUUUCGUGAAAUAAUGCCAAUAGUUAUAAUAAAGCUUUUGCUAAAUUAUUUUGUUGUUUCUCGGCUGCGCAGGAUGUUUCUACAACGGAAAUAAAGUAAGAAAACUGCAUAAUUUCUGUAUUUUUCAUCGUUUUUGUGAAAACAGUACUUAUUAUGACAUAAUUGUGACGUCAUCAGAUAAAAAUCUUUAUGUUUUUCAUUUAUAUUUCUUGACCCUAUGCAUUUCUAAGAAUUAUGUGCCGAUUUGAAAUAGUUAUCAAACAUUUCAUUUUCUUGGGCCAAAACUAAGCCUUAAUGCCCCUACUCCUUUGAUAAUUAUUUAUUUAAAUCAUGUAUAUACAUGAUAUAGUGAGUCUGAUUUUGCUAAAUUUUUGGCAGCUCCUGAAAAUAAAUACACACUGUAUGAUUGCUUUGGGAAACAUUUGUUGUUAUGUAUUUUUUUUUUGCACAGAAAGUUUCUUCAAUUACCCAUGUUUACCUUUUAAUAUCAUGUUUGAGACAAAAAAAAAAUAAACUAUUUCAAUCGUUUCAGGAGUCCAAAUUUGGGAAUUUUAUUUGUAUUUUAGUGGAUAUUUUAUAUCUUAGUUUUCCUAGUUUUUACAUGUUGUAUACUGGCCUAUAGAAAAUCUGCACUGCAUUUAUCCUUUUAAUUUGUGGUUAAGCAAUACACUCUUUAUCAGAUUAAGUUAAUCCAUGUAAAUUGGUAUCCCAGCCAAACCUCAUAAGGUUAAAUUUGCCAAAGAUGCAACAUUAAACAUGCAGGUCAAUUUUGGAACUGAAGAUAACAUGUUCAUUCUUAUAUGAAUAACAAAUGUAUGUCGUAAUAACUUAUAUUCCUUACAAAGAAUAUAUAUAAAAGUUAGCCAUGGUCACCAAAUCAAAUGGGUUAAUUGUAAGGUUGUAAUAUACUUUGGAGAUCUUGAAGUUUGUAGAAGUUUGUAAAUACCCAGGUAAUUUGCACACCUUCGUGAUUUUAUAUGUUAGCAAUCACACUGUUCUAUGAUCACAAAUGAAUUGAGUUUUUUCUUUGUUAUAUUUGUCCAAUCUCUCUAGUAGUGACUCUAUCUGUAUCAAGUAGUUUUGCUGUUAAUGUGUCAGAUGUAUAUUGUUUUGUUUUUUGUUUGUAGCGUGCUUGACAUUCUUUUCAUAGAUGUGUUAAAUUUUGUUUCUGUGUGUUUAUUUAUUUGUUAAUUUAUUUAUUUAUUAAUUUUGAUUUAGUUCUUUAUUUUAAAAUAUAUUUUAAAGAAUGUUUUCUUUUUUGUUUGUUCAUUUGAAAAGAAACAAUACCAACAAAAUAUAU